AUUUCCCUAUAUAAAUGGAACCAAAAGCAUUGUCCAAGCAGAACUGAAAACCAUCACAGAUUUGACAUAUAUUUCAAUUCCCAAUUUUCAGUUAAAUCCCAACAAUCUUGAGACAAUGGCUUUGAGAGCAACAGGCUAUUGGAGAUCAAUGCUGAAUCGUUUAGGAGCAAAUAGGUCAUUUGCAACAUCAACCCCACCAAGAAUGAAACAAGUCUCAUCCACCUUUGACACUGCCCAUGGUGGUCAGUCCAAGUUGAGAGGUAUGAUCAAAUUAGAGUUUGCACCGGUGUAUGUGGUGGUGGGGAUGGUGUUGGUGGUUGUGGGGAUGGCUGUGCACACCGCCAAGCAGCAGUUGUUGCACGCACCGGCAGUGACCUUCAGCAAGAAGAAGAGGGGGAACAUGGCAGAGGUGUAUGACCCUGACGCUGCUUUUGAGUCGGCCAACAAGUUUCUCACCAAAUCUUUCCUCAGAAAGGUUGCCCACAUUCAGGACAAUGAAAAGACCAUUCCUGACCCCAUGAGGGGUGAUGCAUUUAGCAGCCCUCGUCGCACAGAGACACUUAAAUCUGCUGGGGUGGAGUCGGGCAGUCGCUGAACCAAGGAUCAUGGUUGAGGGGGUUGAUUGGUGUCUCUUAGCAAAAUGUGGAACAUAUGCUCUUCUUUUUUUUUUUUUUUCAAAUUGACCUGGGCGUCAUGUUGUAAAUAGAAUUUUGGGCUUUCAUUUUUGUAGCUGUGGAAGGUAGUUUUCCUCCUCUAACCCUGAAUUUUGGUGUGGCAGAGAGAGUUUUAAGGCUUAUAUCCACCCAUAUGAUAUUUGACUUGUAAAAUAAAGACACCAUUGCUGCUUUGCUAUGGUAACUCUGUUUGGAUGA